GACUCUUCGGUGAAUCUCAGCCAAGAGCAGAUAUACAAAAACAACACUGCAGCUCAAAGAAGAAAAGAAGUGACUGAUGUUGAUCAAAAGCCAAACACAAGCCAGUCGAAUGCCGAUCUAGAUAAUGCUUCUCAAGACGAUCUUUCCUUGAGUCAAAAAGGAAGGCAGUUGCUUUGAAAAGAGAAGGAAAACUAACCGAGGCCAGGGAGGAUCACCGACAGGCCUAUAUAAUUUUGUUACCAUGGCGCUGCAUUUGAAAUUGUGCCUUUCCCCUUUGAAACCUCAAAUCGUCCCAACAAAUCCACAACUUUCUCAAACCUUUAAUUCUCCUCCAAUUCCUAACAAGUGGAACAUUAAUGUUGAAGAACAAAUGUGUAGCGCACUCAUAAAACCUAGAGAUUUGAGCAGUAAAUAUCACACUAAGGUGGUUAAGCAUGAACUUAGAAGUGUUGGUGAAAAUUCACUCAAAGGUUUGUGCAUGAUUGAUGCCAUGCAGCGCCUAAAUAUUGAUUACCAUUUCCAACAAGAAAUUGAAACAUUCCUAACAACACAAUAUGUGACUAAUUCUUCUGCCUGGAAACAUGAUGAUCUUCAUGAAACUUCGCUUCACUUUAGGCUAUUAAGACAACAAGGCCACUUUCAGUCUCCAGAGGUGUUUAACAAGUUCAAAAACAAGGAGGAAAAGUUCAAUCCAAAACUAAGUGAAAAUAUCAAUGGAAUGAUAAAUUUAUUUGAAGCCUCACAAUUGAGCAUAGCAGGGGAAGACAUACUUGAUGAGGCUGAAGAAUUUAGCAUGAAGAUACUAAAGGAAAAAUUGGUACACCUUAAUAAUCAUGAAGCUAUGUUUGUAAGGAGAACCUUGGAAAACCCUUUUCACAAAAAUUUGACAAUUUUCACUGCUAGAAAUAAUUGCUUGGGUCAUUUAUAUGGCACCAAUACAUGGUUUGAUUCUUUGAAAGAAGUGGCAAAAUUGGAUUUCAGUUUGCUACAAUGCUUACACCAACGUGAGAUUGUUCAAAUUUCCAAAUGGUGGAGAGAACUUGGUUUAAAUAAUGAGUUACCUUAUGCUAGAAAUCAACCACUUAAAUGGUACAUGUGGUCAUUAGCAUGCCUCACGGAUCCUAAUUUAUCAGAGGAAAGGGUUGAACUUACAAAACCAAUAUCUUUAAUCUACAUAAUUGAUGACAUUUUUGAUAUAUAUGGGACUAUAGAAGAGUUAACUCUUUUCACAGAAGCUGUUUCUAGAUGGGACAUUAAUACAGCUAUGGAGCAACUACCAGAUUACAUGAAAACAUGUUUCAGGGUCCUCUAUGAUCUGACAAAUGAAAUAAGCUUUAAGGUUUAUCAGAGGCAUGGAUGGGACCCAAUAGACUCUCUUAAAAUGACGUGGGAGAGUUUAUGCAAAGCAUUUCUAGUUGAAGCAAAAUGGUUUGGUUCAGGGAAGUUGCCUAGUGCUGAAGAAUACUUAAAGAAUGGGAUAAUAAGCUCUGGAGUGCAUAUCUUACUUGUUCACAUUUUCUUUCUUUUGGGUAAAGGAUUAACCAAGGAAAAUGUUGAAAGAAUACACAAAAUCCCACCCAUUAUUUCUUCCCCUGCUACAAUUCUUAGACUUUGGGAUGACUUGGGAAAUGCAGAGGACGAGAAUCAAGAUGGAAAUGAUGGAUCGUACGUGAGUUGUCUCAUAAUGGACCACCCAGAUUACUGUACGAAAAGAGCAAGAGAUGAUGUUAUGAAUAAAAUAUCCGAUGCAUGGAAAAACCUCAACCAAGAGUGUCUUUUUGAUAGCCAUUUCCAUAAAACAUUCACAAAGGCCUCACUCAAUCUUGCAAGAAUGGUACCAUUGAUGUAUAGUUAUGAUGAUAACAACUCCCUUCCUGGGCUAGAGGGUCUACUUCAUUCCUUGCUUUUUGAAAAAUAAUUAUUUUGCAGCUAUAAUAACUAAUCCAAAUAGUUCCGUCAAUAAAUAAAUAAAAA